GACCGCACACAUAGGUGAAAUGUCUCGCAGUCUACCAGACAGAGUGGCUGGGCUCUAUUAUGCCCACGGCCUAUUCUGCUCCUCUCAUCCCGUCAUCGUCCUCUCCCUCGCGAUAUCGGUUCUUUUAUUAUGCUGCUGUCCACUUGUCAAUCUGCCUAUGCCGGGUAAUGCCCCGAAAAUCCUAAUCAACGAUACUGUCUUACCAGUAAACGACACGGAGACCUCGGUACUGUAUGUCCAACAAGUGGUACUAAGGAUCGGAGUGAUGCCAUGGAGCGAAGACCUGACGCUGAUGGAUGCCUUCAGAGGACCUUUAUAUGAAGUAUUCAAUCUCUUGGAAAUCAUACAAAACUAUCAGCAUCCAGAAACAUUAAAAACACUUGGCCAAGUAUGCUUGCACAUUGAAGCAGUGAAAAAAAGAAAUGGCAAGAAGGCUGAGGUUUUGCCGGAAUACAACUGUCUUGUUCUAUCACCUGCAAAUCUCUGGCAACAAAGUAUAGAGUUAUUUUCUCAAGACACAAAUCUUAUUAACACUAUAUUUUCAUAUCAGAAUUUUCAAAGAGGUAAGAUAAGUCUUGCAGAAGUGAUGUUUGGGAUGAGUUUAAAGGAAACAGGAGUGAAACGAUAUCCUGCUCGAGUUCGCCAGAGAAUUCUCCAAUAUGCCGUGACCAUUUAUUUAAAGAAAUAUGAUCAGGAAUUCAUAAAAGGAUUGCAGCAUCGUCUGCGAACGUAUUAUCAGCUGCAUCAAACCGUUGACAAUAGCACGGACGUUGAUGCGCGUAAUGAAGUAUUAAAUAUUUUUUAUCCUGGCGAGUUCAAUUACAGUGAAUUCUUCCCGUUAAUGAUGACUUCCCUAGCCUUAUUUUUUUACGAAUACUUCCAAGUGCGGAAAAUAGAACUGGUAAAGUCUAAAAUUGGCAUUGCAUUCAGUGCCAGCGUAACAGUGAUGGGCUCGCUAUCAAUGACUGUAGGUGUGUGCUUUUUCUUCGGUCUAACACUGAGCAUGAGUGCCAAGGAAGUGUUUCCGUACUUGGUGAUUAUCUUUGGCCUCGAGAACAUUCAAGUGUUGACUAAGAGUGUCGUUAGCACGCCAGCCCAAUUGGAUGUAAAGAUACGUGUCGCUCAGGCUUUAUCUAAAGAAGGAUGGUCUAUUACGAAAAAUCUUCUCACAGAAGUGACGAUCCUAACUAUUGGUUUAUUUACUUUCGUACCUGCUAUCCAGGAAUUUUGUAUAUUCGCCAUUGUCGGAUUAUUGAAUGACUUUUUCCUACAAAUGGUAUUCUUCUCGACGAUUCUGGCGAUCGAUAUCAGACGAACAGAAUUAUCCAGCGAGAAUUCCAAAUUUCACUUGUCGCACAUUCAAACAUCACGCAGACAACAAUUUACCACUACUAUUACCAAUAGGAAACCUCAUAUAUUCCGCUCUAAGUCUCAUCCGAGAUUGAACGGUCUGUCUACCGGUCCGACGAACGUUAUUGCUCCGAAUACACAAAAUACUCAUACACUGACCAAGAUCCCCAAGCGUUUAAGAUUGGUGUAUUUAUGGGCGCGAACACGAAUCUUCCAGCGUGCAUUUAUGGUAGGAAUGGUUGUGUGGAUUAGCAUGGCUAUUAACAAUUCUGGUAUCAUCGAGCACAUAAUACAUCUUAGCGAGACGCUAAAGCCAGAAACUGACAUUGAUGGUUAUACAGUAGACAAGCCUCCAUCAUUAAACGAUUAUGUUAAGCUAAAUACGGUAACACCUAUUUCUAUAUCGCCUGCAACUGUAGCCCCAAAUAAAUUAAAUGAACAGAGUCUAACUAAUGAUACAACAGAGGAAUUAAAUAAGCUAAGACCUAUGGAUUUUCCGCCUUGGAAUAGUUUAUCACUGUAUCAUUGGUCUUCGAUUCUUUCAAUGUAUAAUGUGUCGGUUGCCGGUGGACGAGUGACUAUACUACCGACUAUAAAAUUAUCAUAUGCAGUGAGCCCGCAAUUAGCAAAACAAAUUAGCAAUCCAAAUGAUGUUCAACACUUCCAGUGGCAGAGUCUCGCUACCGCUGCGCUUGAUCCUUUAGAUUUUUCAGAUAUGGAAGUACCAUCGAGAUCAGAAGGACGUGUAUUUAAUACGGACACGCCUUUUGUACCGUCGAGUCCGAUGGAGAUAUUUCUAGCUGCUCUGCUGUGUCUUAUUAGCGUAAUCGUGGUUGCUUAUACAAUGGUCGUGUUAUACCGUUGUAUCUGCACGAGAAAUUACGCGGAGUGGCGAGCCAGUUGGCACCAGCAAGAAAAGACGCACGAUUACGUUACUCAAUUAGUGCUGGAAGCUGUGCCUCUGGUCUUGGAAGGACAUACUCAGGAAGUAGAAUGCAUCGCGACGGACGGUAAUACCGUUGCUAGCACAUGUUUAGCGGGACAUAUCAGAAUAUGGGAUUCGACGUCUGGCGAGCAAUUGGCGCAUAUCGAUAGACGACAAUUUUUCAGCGGUCCGCAGAAAACGCUGAGUCAAGCGUCGCCAGAUGCCGACGAGCUGAUGUCAGAUUACGAAAGCGGUUCGCCACCUUCCCGAGGUGAAAUGGAAGUGGCACAAUCGAUGGGACUUUAUUCACCGGCCUCGGCAAUGUGUCAGGGAAAGUUAUCUCCCGCUUACAAUAUGCGAAGAGUUAAUAGUAACAAUAACAAUGAUCAUAAAAGACGAUCUAUAGGAAAUAUGUUAGAUUACGAUUAUCAACUCAAUGAACUCAAUAGCGACAAUAAGCAGAAACUAUUACGUCGAAGCUUAGGCAGUGCCUACGAUCUUCCCGAUCUAAAACCGGCGAUAAACAUCAAAUUCUCAACUAUAAAAUAUACACCCUCGCAAAAAAAUUAUGAUCAAGGCUAUGACUUCGGGGAGCGAUAUAAAAUCUUAUUCGAUGAACACAAUAAGUCAAUCGAGGAGAUGCAAAAAUCUAAAAUCAGGGAACAAUUAGGUGUUUUUCCCGCAAGAUCGAACAAUUUAGUUGGCAGCACAUCCUCCAUAAAUACUGAUCGCACAAUACAAUCGUCGCCCAUUAUAGCGGCGAUUUGGUGUAUGGAUUAUCAGGAAAAUCUUAUAGUAGUAGGGUGCGCUAAUGGCAGUCUAGAAUUCUGGGAGGGCACGACCGGUAGAUUCAAGUGUCUCUUCGAUGAUGGAUCAGCACUUGGAAUCUCUGCCGUUAGACUCGUUGGUAGCAGAGUAGUGGCAGCUAAAUUGAAUGGUGCUGUGGACUUUCUGCAACUUGAAAGCUACAGCGAAGGCCAGCAGAUUGAUUGGGGCUUCACAUCUUACAGAAGAACGCAUGUGCGAACGGGAAGUGCUGGUUCGCCCAUGGAUCUAAAUAACUAUAUGCAAACAGAGGAAGAUUUGCGCUGCAUGAAAAUUGGCUCUCAUAGAGCACAUCAACAAGCGAUCACUGUUUUAGAUAGCGAAGGUGGACGUGUAUUAACAGGCAGCCAAGAUCACACCUUGAAAGUAUACAGGUUAGAGGAUCAGUUACCUCUGUAUACACUUCAUGGGCAUUGCGGUCCGAUAUCGUGCCUCUUUAUUGAUAGAAUAAGUCCCAUGACAUCCGGUAGUGGGUCUCAAGAUGGAUUACUGUGUGUGUGGGAUCUUUUGACAGGAGCAUGCAUGUAUAGUAUUCAAGCCCACGAUGGUGCUGUAGCCGCUAUUACAUGUUCAGUGUCCUAUGUGAUAAGUAUCGGAACAGAUGAAAGACUUUGUGUCUGGGAACGCUUUCAAGGACACUUACUACACACUUUGCCAGCACAUAAAGCAGCUUACAGCUUACAAUUGGUGAUGUUAACGCAUCAUCUCCUCAUAACUAGCAACCAGGGAUCAUUAGUAGUCUGGGAUGUAAGAACGGGUGAGCCAGUGCGAGAAGUGAGACUGGGUCAUAAAGACAGCUGCAUUUUCGUAAAGCAAAUGCUGGCAUUGAGGGACAGCGUUGUCUGUGACUAUGGUCGACAACUGAGAAUAGUCAGAUUUCCAUUGGUCUCUGAUAAGCUGGAUUAAGUUCUUAUAUGCGCGUGUACAUAGCCAUUUUUCUUUAUCUUAGCAUCUUAUUAUU